ACUAUAGAACAUAACUAUAGAACAGAAGGACAUGCUUUGUUUGGCUCGCCAUGCCAAACGCAACAAUGCAACGGGCGCUACUGCUGUUCAAGCUGUGCUCAUUCUUUUCGUGAGCACCGCUUCCCAGUGCAACGCCUACGACUUUCUCGGUGCUGUCAAGAGCCUCUUCAGAGCGCGGGUGAUCGAGUGGUCCUGGGACGAGUACGAGCGGUGCAUCCAGGAGCGUUCAGACGACACGCCGCCCCGACGCCAAUCGGUCCUCGUGCUGCUGGGCUCGAAGGUGGAGCUACCUUGCCCUGGGAUAUGCUUUCACCCGGAGUCCGAGGCGCAGUCUCCGUGGCACCGCGUCGACCCGCUGUCCAAGUCUUCCAUCGCGCCCGUGGCCUUGGGCAAGGGCGAGACGCGCCGGCAGCUCAUGGGCUACGGGGCCCUGGUCGUGACGGACGCGCUGCCUUCGGACACGGGCUUCUACCGGUGCAUGUGGGCUGGCAGGGAGUACGCCACCUACCACCUCCAGGUGGUGGCCCGGGAGCCGUACUCCAUGGUCUGGGAGAACGAGCACAACAGCACCGAGGAGCGAGCCGACGUCGCCGGUUUCCCGCUGGUCACGUGGCUCGAGUGGUCCGAGUGGAGCAGCUGCGACCGCUGCGGCUCCGUCGGCAGGCGCCGCCGAGCCGGCAUCUGCACCGUCGGAUACAAGGGUGUCAACAGGACACUACCCAAGGAAGCAGCAAUGAUGACGCUUCUCUUAAACAUUUUCCCGGAAGGCCUCCCCUGCCGGUCCGCCUUGAUACCGGAAGUCAUCUCGUCGGUGCUCAAAGACCACUGGAGUGUGCACAUGAUUGGCCUGUGCAGUGAGCCCUGCGUCCGCGGCAAGGGCGUCGUGGUGGUGACGGACUCGUCGGGCCUCGUCGAGGAGGUCGUCGACAACAGCCGCGGCAUCUUCUCUCUGCGCCAGAAGAUUCUCGAGCUGCCCAAGAGAGUGCGGCGCAAAACGGUCAGCCGGGUGCGCGGCAGCGAGGUUCUCCUUUCCUGCUCAAGGCAGCGGUUCAACAGCAAAUUCUACCAGUGGCGCAAUGGCUCCGUGCUGCUCAACCCCAUGGUCGUGUCUCAGCUGUCCGACGGCCGCGUCAAGAUAGACCUCGCCAACAACCUGCACAUACUCCGCGCGGAAUUCUGGGACACGGGAAUCUACAACUGCUACGACGGCACAUCUCUAGUCGCAACGGUCAAGCUGAAGAUCACAAGACCAAGCGUGAUGGCCAGGCUUCACGUAUUCGCUUCGUACUUCAACGUUGCCGCCCUUAGCGGCGUCAUAGUACUAGUAAUGAUUUCCAUUGUACGAGGCUCCAAGGGAUGACUUUUUCCCCUCUUAUUUCUGCUGAGUAUAGUAGGUCAUUAUAGUGUCCUCCGCUGGUCGAUACCAGAAUCAUACUUUACGGGAGGCUCCUGCGAAGAUUUACAGUGGCAAAUCCUACAGCGUUGGCAAAAGAAAAAAAUAAAAGCGAGAAAAGGC